AUGGCAUUCCACUACACGUUGGGGGUUUCCAUGCCGCUGAUCGCCGGCUACCUGUGUUAUGUCAGGUAUCACAGGUACAAGCGUGAGAGGCUCCUAUCUCGGCCAUUUGGCCCCAGCGGACGGCCGCUUUCCUCUAUGACGCUCGAUGAAGCGUACGCCAUAAUCGACCAGCUUCAGACCCUGGAAUUUCCAACAGCGUUCGACAAGGCCCGGGCUUACGCUUUACUAAAGACGGGUGGGAUCCCGACAAUGACAAAACUCUUCAUGGCGACCGGCCAAAACAACCCCAAGAAUGCCACGAAGCGCGCGGUCGACACCAACAUUCUCCUUUUGGAAACUCAAACCAAUCCAGUGACGUCGGAUCGCCAUUUCCAAGCGAUUGCCCGAAUCAACUAUCUUCACGCCCGCUACCGUGCUACGGGGAAGAUACUCGACGAAGACAUGCUACAUACCCUAGGUGAUGGGCUCGCCGAGAUCGUCCGGUGGGUCAACGACUAUGAAUGGCGAAGACUGAAUGACGUGGAAGUUUGUGCCCUGGGUGUCUGGCAUAUGGCGCUCGGGGAGGCGAUGGAAAUCCCGUACACGAUGCUGCCUUCGUGCGAGGAAGGAUGGGAGAAUGGUCUGCAUUUCGCGCGAGAAAUGAUGGCUUGGACUCUCGCCUAUGAGGCAAAGGUCGCAAUCAACACCCCCAACAACUCGGCGUUUGUGAACAACUAUUUUGAGACCAAGGCCGGCAAGCUUCCCUCGGUCGUGAAACCAUUGAUCAAGCAGAUGCUUGCGGUAGACAUUGACCCAACAAUGCGACGAAGCAUGGGAUUGCCGGUGCCGAAUCUUCUCAUUGCGUCUUACAUGCGGUCCUUCAGCACGCUUCGCCGCUUUUUCCUGAGAUAUCUCAGCCUACCGAGGGCUCCGUCAAAAGUGCACAGGCGUCUCGCCGAGAAACCCCACCCUGGUACCAAGUUGUACAAUUUCGGCACCGAUUUUUGGAGCCAUGGUAUCUCAGAGCUUCCCACCCGCCCCAAACGGACCCGAAGAAAUUCCGCGCUGAAGGAUAUGACAUUGGCAACGUUGGUCCAGUGGCUCAAGAAGGCAAAGGCAUGA